AUGAAGUGCAAUAAUUGCAAUACAGAAAUAUUGAGUACAUUCUUCUAUUGUCCAUCUUGUGGCAAGUGCACUCGUAUAGACACGCCAAAACAAGUGAAAAAUACUGAUUCCAACGCGGGAUGUUCUUCGAGUUCGAGUUCAAACACCUCAGCCAAUUCUGGAGUGGGACAAAAAAGAUUUCGAUCUUUUGCCGAAUUUCAAGCUGAGAAAGGACGUGAACGAACCAAUGAAAGGAAACCGGAUGAGUCAAGCCGUUUCAAACAAAAGAAGCGUAAACGCAAUGCGGAAGUUACUGUAAACAUUGGGAUAAUGGCUUUCGACAAGAAGGGGGAAUUCAAACCUAUAAGGUCGAAAUAUUUGAUGGUGAAAGCAUGGCCAGAAUACAACAAAUGGCAACUUCUCAGUGAAGCGGUUAAAAAGCACACAAACCACGAUAGAUCGUUUACUUUAUUAUCGAAUGAGUGGACCUUGGUUUAUCCUGAUGGGACGGAAGUCCUUUCAAUACCUGGAAAAGACGAUGUAUUGUUUACUUUAGAAGGGUAUAAACAAGAAUUGUGCAAAGCGUAUAACCGAAUCACGCUAUAUCUGGCCAACCCUAAGGAUAUAUCAACGUUUGAAGCAUCUAGAAACGUAAAUCAGUCCGACUAUGAAGAUGAAGAGAACAUGCAGGACAUCCAAUGUUCCGAAAAUGGAGAAUCCUAUCAUUCCUAUCUUGACACACAUCAUGAAGUGGUAACAAUCCCAUCUAGCGAAACCGCCCAAGCGUCAACUAUCAUCAAUGACAGUCCACAACAUCAGGAUAAUAUGACGCCAUUAACAUUGGACUCGCAAUUGCAUACGUUGAUGGAGAUAUUUCCUGGAAGAGAUGAGGAAUCAAUGAGAGUGGCCAUUUCAUCUACCUCAAGUCUUGAAGAAGCUAUCCAAUUAAUUUCUGUAGAUAUUGGAGGUUCUCUUCAUAGUUCGUAUGCCAACUUAUGCAUGGAGGAUGUUGAAAAUGAUGAUUUGAUUAUGUCUCCUGAGUGCUACUUUGUAACUGAUGAAACUGUGUAUUGCACUGACAAAGUUCUACAUAUGCUGCUGAAUAAUCAAGCAAAGAAAUUUGUUGGUGAUGGAGAGUACACAAGGAUGAAAGUGACAAGGUAA